AUGUUUUUGCAAAAACUGUGUAGAGAAAAGGUCGUCAUCGGCCGUAACAAGCCAUACAUUUCGUUCAUCGGAGACGGAAACCGUCCGGGGUCGACGAUCAUAACGUGGUACAACAAAGCCUCGGACAAAGGCAACAAAGGACAGAUGCUCGGGACGAUCGGUUCAGCAUCCGUCACCAUAGAAUCCGACUACUUUUGCGCCUCCGGGAUCACAUUUCAGAACACGGCGGGGCCUCCGGCAGCCGGCGCUCAAAACUCCCAAGCAGUGGCAUUGCGGAUAAAGGGCGACAAAUGCGUGUUCUACAAGACGAGGUUCGAGGGCGCACAGGACACCCUCAUGGAUCAGCUCGGAACACACUACUUUUACCAGUCGUACAUCGAAGGCUUGGUCGAUUUCAUUUUCGGAUACGCAAAAUCUCUUUAUCAGGAAUGCACGAUAAAGUUAGUGAAUAAUGCAUACGCCGUAGCAGCUCAUGGAAGAGAGUCGCCUAAUGUUGACACGGGUUUCUCAUUUGUAAACUGUACGUUAAACGGGAAGGGGCCUAUCUACUUAGGCAGGGCAUGGAAACCUUAUUCUAGAGUCGUGUAUUCGUACUGUGAGUUCAAUGUAGCCGUCUACCCUCGAGGAUGGGACGACAAGGGAGAUUCAUCGACCCACAGGACAGUGCAAUUCGGAGAAUUUAAAAACCGGGGGAGGGGAGCAGAUAGAACGGGGAGGGUACCGUGGUCUAAAGAGCUAGAUUACAGUGAAGCAAUUAAAUAUCUGGAUAAGACAUUCAUACAAGGGCAGAAUUGGCUAAUGCUCUAA